CUCUUCUCUUUUGCAGCAAAUGGCGGACGACGCCGGUGGUAGAGGAGGCUUCCGUGGAGGCUUUGGUUCUGGAGGCCGUGGUCGUGGUCGGGGCCGCGGUAGGGGACGAGGCAGAGGCCGUGGGGCCCGUGGUGGCAAGUCUGAUGACAAGGAGUGGGUACCAGUGACCAAGCUUGGCCGCCUUGUCAAGGACAUGAAGAUAAAGUCCCUAGAGGAAAUUUAUCUCUACUCUCUCCCCAUCAAGGAGUCAGAGAUUAUUGACUUCUUUCUUGGUUCAUCGCUGAAGGAUGAGGUUCUUAAGAUCAUGCCUGUCCAAAAGCAGACCAGAGCCGGGCAGAGAACCAGGUUUAAGGCCUUUGUUGCUAUUGGUGAUUACAACGGCCAUGUAGGUCUUGGAGUAAAGUGCUCCAAGGAAGUUGCUACAGCCAUUAGGGGAGCCAUCAUUUUGGCCAAAUUGUCCAUUGUGCCAGUCAGACGAGGGUACUGGGGAAACAAAAUCGGCAAACCACACACCGUCCCUUGCAAGGUGACUGGUCGCUGUGGCUCAGUUCUAGUGCGAUUAAUCCCAGCCCCCCGUGGUACUGGCAUUGUGUCUGCACCUGUGCCCAAGAAAUUGCUUAUGAUGGCAGGUAUUGAUGACUGCUACACUUCAGCCAGGGGCUGCACUGCCACAUUGGGAAAUUUCGCCAAGGCUACCUUUGAUGCAAUUUCAAAGACUUACAGUUAUCUAACUCCUGAUUUCUGGAAGGAGACUGUCUUCACCAAAUCUCCUUACCAGGAGUUCACUGAUCACUUGGCCAAGACCCACACCAGAGUACCUGUACAGCGGACCCAGGCAUCUGUUGCAUCCACCUCCUAAACAUUUUGGGGUCAAUAAAGCUUAAAACCUGGCAAUCU